CGGUAAAACGAAGAAGUCGUAAGAAGAGCGUUCAAAGUGCAAACUUAACCGUUCAAGCGUCCGGUCUCCAACUUUGACACACGAACAACGCCGGAGUCUACCACAAUCUUUAUGCUAGUAAAGAUUAUAGUAGUAUAAAAUAUAAAGAUUAAAAUUGGGAUAAUAAUAAUCUUGUAUAUUUCUAUAGAAAAUAUUUCUACUAAUAUUUAGAAAAUAUUAUAGAUAUUUUCUACACACAAAAUGAUAUUAAUGGAACACAAAAGAAAUUUUCUCUCGCUAGAAAAUACUAUGGCCGAAUGACACACUUGCAAUAAAUGUGUUAAAAGGCGUAUGGAACCUUCAUCAUGAGUUCCUUUUGCUCGGGAGUAGAAGGACUCUGGCUCUUGGAAAGAACCGUGCCAGGUGUCAUAGGUAAAGAUCCUUUCUUUGAGUUAGACAUGCUAAAUCGAUCAAGGAUUUUAUCUAUAUAUGUACUUUGAUUUAGACCUAUUAACUUUCUUGAUCUAUCUCGGUAGAUUCUUAUGCCAAGGACAUAACUAGCAUCCCCUAAGUCUUUCAUGGAGAAGUUCUCGCUCAACCACGUCUUUACAGAAGUGAGAGCGGGAAUAUCGUUACCCAUUAACAAUAUGUGAUCGACAUAUAAGAUUAGGAAUACUAUUACACUCCCACUGACCUUCUUGUAUACACAAGAUUCGUCAGAGUUCUUCUUGAAACCAAAACUGGAAAUGGUUUCGUCGAAACAAAAUUUUGCAAACUAGGUUAUCUAUCAUGUUUAAUAAUUAAUUAGGCCUUUAAUUAAUUAUCUCCCACUAUUUUUAACAAAUCAAUAACCCUCGAUAUUGAUUCGGAGAUUUCCGGCGAAACCUCUAGUGGGCCAAGAUCCAUAUUUCAUUAUCUUGCGUUCCGCUUGGGCGUUACUCCACAAGACAACUAUUUAGGUAGGAACAUAGUUCCAACUGAUGAGCCGGGCUCUCAGCUCUUGGUCUGGUGUUGGGCGAACAAUAUUACUACAACCGAUACAGGGCACCUUUUCACCAUACUUGUCCCGAGUGUCCGUCCUAACCACUCUGGAUUUCGCGGAGGCCUAUGAUCUCAUAGCCAGGGCAGACAGUGACUUGAGUGCUUGCAUUGAGUAUCUGAAGACAAACAAUGUUAACUCAAGCACUCACCGUCCCAUCAACUCUGUCUUAAAAGGAAAAAGGCCCUUCCAGGAAUCUAGUAGUUCACAUUUCUCUAAAAAGGGAAAAUCUGUGCAAACUCAGUCGAUGGCAUCCGUUGAUAAGUCCAGAAAGCGAAGGUAUCCUGCUUGCGAACACUGUGGAAGGAAUCACCCUGGAGAAUGCUGGUUGAAACAAGGUUUGUGCCUUGGCUGUGGAAAACCAGGACACUACCGAAAGAAGUGCCCUACAAACCCCGAAGAACCGUUUCCACCUGCCCCUGUUGUUAGUCAAGCAGCAUCGGCACGACCCGCACCAAGUCAACGCUCAACAACGAGAACCUCAGUAUGCUGGACAGAAUUAAGCGAGCAAAAGCUUGAAGGACCUGAUCUCGUCCGUGAAACUGAAGAAAAGGUUCGUCUAAUCAGAGAACGACUGCAAGUAGAUUCCGAUCGACAAAAAUCUUAUGCCGAUUUAAAACUUCGGGAAAUCGAAUACAAUGUUGAUGACAAGGUGUUUUUGAAAAUCUCACCGUGGAAGAAAGUGUUACGGUUCGGUGGGAAGGGAAAACUAAGUCCGAGAUAUAUUGGACCCCAUCGAAUCACUGAACGUGUGGGUCCAGUAGCAUAUCGGUUAGAACUUCCACCAGAACUUAACAAGAUCCAUGACAUAUUCCAUGUAUUGAUGUUGAAAAGAUAUCGUUCCGAUCCAUCGCAUAUCUUGACCGAGGGAAUCGUAACUCUUGAUGAACAAUUAACUUGUGAGGAGGAACCUGUACAAAUUCUGGCACGAGAGAGAGAGGUCGCCGGAGUUGAGAGCUUUUGUCGCCGGAAGUUUCGCCGGAAAAUCUUCAAAACCUCCAUUACACUUCGAGGAAGAAAUGUUGCUGCAGGAAGAUUUGCAAAAUCUAAUCAAGAUGCUCAUAUGAUUGAUACAAAUGAUAUUGAAGAGAUGGCUACAGACACAUUUCUUGCACAAAGCUCUGGAGGAAAAUCAACUUCAUCCAAUGUUGGUUCGUCACAAGGAGUGAAGCGUAAAAGAAGGUUAGAUGAUACAGUGAUUGAAGGUUUGGUUGAAGAAAUUGGGAAUGUUGCAAAGGCUAUUGCAAAAUUCAACAAGGUGGACGAUGAUGCAAUGUUUGCCAAAGUGAUGAGUGUUGGUGAAGGGUAUUAUGAAAGAGAACUCGGUAAAGCAUUUGAAUUUCUAAUGAGAAAUGAGACUGAAGCUAGAAUAUUCAAUGCAAAAAGUGACAACUUGAAGAAGAUAUGGAUCGAGGAGUUUCUAUUGAGUCGGCUAGACUAGAUUUUAUGGGUGUUAGUAUUGAGACUAUUUUAUAAUAUUUGUAUGUUUUAUUUUCAGAUGUUUUUAUAAGAUUGUUAUUAUGAAUGUUUGUUUGAGUUAAUGAAUGCUUAUGUGACAUCGUUAUUAUUAUGAUUUUGUAAGAAAAUUUGCUUUCAAUA